AUGUGGAUGCUGCCUCUGGUGCUGCUGCUGCUGCUAGUAUCUCUGGCGCCUGUCGCCAUGGCGGGCGUUCUCUGCCUGCUGUGGGCCCGCCGGCCGCGCACGGACGUCCCGGGUCCGCCCACGCUGCCACUCAUCGGCAACGCUCACCUCUUCUGGCGGCUGCCCGUGCUCAUGGAGACCUUCUCUCAGCUGCGCGCUCGCUACGGUAACACUUUCAGGGUGUACGUGGGUCCGAAGCUGCUGAUCUUCGCGACGGAACCGGAGGACGUGCAGCGCGUGCUGAUGGCGAAGUCGCUGACGCACCGCGACAACUUCUUCGUGAACGCGGUGACUGCCUUCGUGGGCGACGGCCUGCUCACUACCGGCGGCCGCCAGUGGCGGCAGCACCGUCGAGCCGUCAUGCCCGCCUUCCGGACCGAGGCGCUGAAGAGCUUCAUGGCGUCGUUCAACCAGAACGCGGUGCGAGUCUGCGAACGGCUGGCCGCGACGGCGGGCGCCGAGACGGAGCCCUUCCCGGAGCUGUUCCUGGGGUCGCUGGACCUGGGGCUGUCCAACUUCGCCGGCACCACGCUGGACACCGUGGAGCCGUGUCCGAUGCGCAGGGCGGCCUUCGUCAGCGCCAUGACCCGCGCCAUGGAGAUCAUGCAGGAGCGCAUCUUCCAGCCGUGGCUGCAGCUGGGCUGGGUGCUGGCGCUGACCAGGGCGGGCCGCGACCAGGGCCAGGUGGUGCGCCUCAUCUCCAGCGUCAUGUCCACGUUAACGACGCCGCUCUUCGCCGCGGACUCCGCUGGAGACCACGAGCGGUCGAAGGCCAGCCCGCAGCAGGAGGACGGAUCGCUCAAGGAAGACCCGCUGGCAGUAGGGCAGACGCCCCUCGUGGCGGCACUCACGCGGUCGCUGCGUGCACACACUCUGUCUCACCAGGAGGUCUUUGACGAGAUGAGGACGCUGGUGGUGUCCGGGACGGAUACGACGGCCAAUACGGCGGUGUCGGCGCUGGCGCUGCUCAGCCUCAACCAGGAGUGGCAGCGCGCAGCCCACCAGGAACUGGACCAGGUGUUCGGCAGGGGCAGUCGGGACUACCACCGGGAGGUCACCGUCGAAGACAUCGCCCGGCUCAACGUUCUGGACAGGAUCCUCAAGGAGACGAUGCGCCUGUUCCCGGUGAUCUUCGCGCUGCCCUCUGUGGUGGUGGUGCCCUACCUGACGCACCGGCUCGCCCGCCACUUCCCGCGGCCGCACCACUUCGACCCGGACCGCUUCCUCGCCGCCGAGCGCCACCCUUACAGCUACGUGCCGUUCGGCGCGGGCCGCCGCAACUGCCCCGGAGGCCGCUACGCGCUGCUGCUGAUGCAGGAGCUGGAGCGCAUCUCCGUCUCGGUAGUGCAGCGCCCGCUGUGCGCCGUGCGUCUCAGAUUCUUGCCCAGGUCCUGA